AUGUCUGUUCCAUUUUUGGUUUCUGCCCCCGGUAAGGUUAUUAUAUUUGGUGAACAUUCCGCUGUUUACAACGAACCUGCUGUGGCAGCCAGUGUUUCAGCGCUCAGGACUUACCUGUUCGUAGAGCCCAGUGAGGAUCCUGAAGAGAUAGAAUUAGAUUUUCCUGAUAUAAACUUUAAUCACAAGUGGCAUUACAACGAUUUCGCAUCAAUUUUACAAGAUGCAGAAGGCUUAGAAGAAGCUCGCCUCAAUACAAGAGAAUUGUCCCAAAAAAUUGUAUCACAACUGGAAGUGGUUCAAGGUGAACUAAGAAAUACACUGUACUACUAUGCUGCGUUGUGUUUCUGUUAUCUGUACGUUUGUCUUUGCCCUCAUAUUAAAGGUAUGAAGUUCCAUGUCAAAUCAACAUUGCCCAUUGGUGCUGGAUUAGGCUCAAGCGCUUCCAUCUCAGUGGCACUAUCAUUGGCAAUGGCACAUUUGAGUGGCCACAUUAGAGCCGAUAAACCUGAGCUCUCAGUGUCAGAGAAGAAAUUCAUCAAUACGUGGUCAUUUUUAGGUGAAAAAUGUAUUCAGGGUACACCUUCCGGUAUUGAUAAUGCGGUAGCAACCUAUGGUAAUGCAGUGCUUUUCAAAAGAGAGAUGGAUGGUACUACGAAUUUUGAAUUCGUAGAACAAUUCCCACAAAUCCCCAUGGUAUUAACAUAUACGAAGAUUCCACGUUCUACAAAGACUUUAGUAGGUAACGUACGUGAAUUAGUGAUUAGACAACCCAAUGUAAUAAAACCAGUAUUAACAGCCAUGGGGCAAUUAGCUCUAAGGGGAACAGAAAUCUUAGAUUCAUUGGACGACAAGAAUUAUGAAGAAUUGCUAGAAUUAGUACGUGUUAACCAUGGGUUACUAGUCGCGCUAGGAGUUUCACAUCCAGGUUUAGAGCUUGUCAGAUUCGAAUGUGAUACUAAUGCAUUAGGUGCUACGAAAUUAACCGGUGCAGGUGGUGGUGGUUGUCUGUUGACGAUUUUACAUAAAACAACCACACAGGAACAAGUCCAACAGUUUAAAACCAAAUUAGAAUCAUCUUAUGGUUAUAAAACGUUCCAAACAGACCUAGGCGGUAUUGGAUGCGGAAUUUUACCACGGGACUUAAUUGCAGAUGAUAAAUUAGAGAACAUCAAGUCACUUUUCUGCCAAGAAGUCUCCAAUGAUCGUAUUGAUCAGCUUUUAUUACCUGGCAAAACCGAUUUACAUUGGAUUCACUAG